AUGCAGGCCAAGUACAGCAGCACGAGGGACAUGCUGAAUGCUGAGGAGGACUCCUCAGCUAUUUCUCGAACCUGGCGUCCACUGGCUCUGACCUUCCUGGCUUUCUGCUUGGUGCUACUGAUUGGCCUAGCUGCACUGGGGCUUGUGUUUUUUCAGGUUUACCAACGCUCCAAUACUCAGAAAGACACCAUCUCUCAAAAGGAAGAAAAGUUGGGGAACCUAUCCCAACAGCUGCAAUUUCUCCAAGACCAAAACAGGAAGUUGACAGAAACUCUGAAGCGUGUGGCUGAAAAACUUUGUCGUGAACUCUACAACAAAACUGAAGAACACAGAUGCAUCCCUUGCCCAGAUAUGUGGAAGUGGCAUGGGAACAAAUGUUACCAUUUCUCUAAAGAAAGCAAGAAUUGGCAAUGUUGUGAUCAUUUCUGCACCGCUGCAAAUGCCACCAUGCUGACUAUACACACCCAACAAGAGUUGGAUUUUGCCAUGCCUCAGAGCUACACUGAGUUUUUCUACUCUUACUGGACAGGCCUAUCUCGCAACACCAGUGGCAAAUACUGGCUGUGGGUGGAUGGAUCCUCUUACUACCCUGAACUGUUUGAGAUAAAAAUAGAUUUCUCCAGCUCAAGGAAUAGGGACUGUGUGACUAUUCUCAAUGGAAAGGCUUUUUCAAAGGACUGCAAGGAGUUGAGACGAUGUGCCUGUGAGAGAAAGGCCACCACAGUGAAGCUGGAGGAGCUCCUUUAG